AGUGGAAGCAUUUGAUUUGAGGAAGGAGCAUGGUUUGAGGGAUUUGCAAAAUGGAAAUUUUUGGGAGAAUAGUAACCUUAAAAGAUUUAGUCAAAAGGCCACAAGUGACGGUCUUUGGGCGCGAAACGUGGAUUCAAUAUCGUAACAAUGGAAAAGCAGUUAUAGGCUGAGGGUACUCAUCACUACGUUUCACAAUCACAUAUACCAUCAUUCUCCCAAUCACACGCACACAUAGAGAUUAAAGAGAGAGCCUAAAGAAAAAUGGCACAGGCACUACCUGAAGAGAAGAUCCAUGAAAACCCAGAAAAGGAUAUCCAAGAAACAGGGAAUUCUAGCUUCAAAUUCAAUGCCCAAGCGCCUGAAUUUGUCCCAAGAUCGCAUACCCAGAUGCAGAUUUCGGGUUAUUUCUAUCCCUGCUUCCAGAUUCUUGGCAGCUCUGGUGAUUCUGAAUGGUUCUAUGUUGGGGACCAAGACCCUACUUGUUUGAUCCCUGCUACAAAUGUUGCGCUACCCAAUUGCUCCAAGAAUAUCCUUACACCUGAUCUUCAGCAAAAGAUCGUUAAACAGGUGGAGUAUCAGUUCAGUGAUAUGAGCUUGUUAGCAAAUGAAUCUUUCCAGAAACAGGUGAACAAAGACCCUGAAGGUUAUGUUCCAAUAACCGUAAUUGCUUCCACCAAAAAGAUUAAGUCUCUCGUUACUAACAUUCCUCUGCUUACCCAAUCUCUCCGUACCUCUUCAAAACUUGUUUUGAGUGCUGAUGGCAAGAAGGUUAAACGUAAACACCCUUUUACUGAGAAAGACAGAGAGGAGUUGCAAUCUCGUACUGUUGUGGCUGAGAAUUUACCUGAGGAUCAUUCCCAUCAAAAUCUUCAGAAGAUAUUCACAACGGUUGGGAGCGUGAAAACAAUCAGAAUAUGCCAUCCCCCGGAAUCUAAUUCUUCUCGCCCAAAAAGUGAUUUCUUCGUCAGUAACAAGGUACAGAAACAAUGUCAUACCAUAUUACUAUGUUGUCUUAAGAAGUCAAAUGAUACUACGAGAUUUUCUUACCCUUUGUUGCUUGCGUUGCGCCUCUUAAUCAAGCUCCAUGCACUCGUGGAGUAUGAAACAUCUGAAAUAGCUGAGAAAGCUGUUGAGAAGUUGAAUGAUGAAAGGAAUUGGAGGAAAGGGAUGCGAGUAAGGCUGCUUCUUAGAUGCUCGCCAAAAUCUGUUCUGAAGAAUAGGAAGUCGGAAUUUGAUGGCUAUAUAGAUGACGAUGAGGUUCUAAAUUCUGAAACUGCUGAGGAUUCUUCUCACUCAAACAAUGCUGAAUCAUUUGAGACAAAUGUUGAUGAGAAUUCAGGGGUGUCCAAGAAAGGAUGGGCCAGAGGCCGUGGAAAGGGCAGAGGACGGAUUCAAAGCCACACUGGACGUGGCUUGCUUGCUCCACCAUCUCAAUCAAGCAGCAUUGCCCUGGGUGAUGCAUCUCCUAAAGCCAAUACUAAGGGCCCAAGAAUGCCAGAUGGGACAAGAGGCUUCACCAUGGGACGGGGCAAGCCAAUCAUUUCUCCUGCUCUAGUUAGUUCAGCUCAGGAGUAAUGGGUAUUUUUUCAAGUUUUUCCCUUUGCUCUAUAGUGAACUUUAGGAAAUUUCUUAUUUUUUCACCACAGUAUUCAAAAGCAACAAAAUGAUUUAGAUGUGUCCCUAUAAUGUGGGCUACAGGGGUAGUCCUAGUUUAGUAAUAAGUCAAGGUGUAUAGUGUUAUAUGUUAUGGUGG